GCUUAGCUAUCGCGGAGCUUACCAAAUCAGUAUGUCCGUGCUCGUGACUUUCGGUAUUGCGGUCUUUCAGAUAAGUCGCCCAAGCAGAAAUCAAGAGAGGUACACGAAGAAGUGCUAGGAAGUGUCUGCAACUCUUGGAGUUCUAGAUUUCUUGUCCUGCCGGUAAAACAUGUAAAUCGAAUCCUACAUCACUUUAUCCAUCAGCCGUGCCAAUCCCCUCGUACCUUUUGCCUUGUCUUGCCUCAUCUUUUGCCUUGCACUCUUGCCUCACUGUUCGCCCUGUUCAUGUGGUGAGCCAACGCACAGAAGAAACGAGAGAGAGAGAGAGCUGUCCAAAACCCCUGCAUAGAUGACAUAGUUCUUGUGUCGUGGAAAGAGCAUAACAACAUAUAUCACAAGCAGUGUCUACUGAAUUCAAUUGAACAUUCAACUACUAUUCUACACAUGAAGCUUCCGAUGAACAUAUAAAAAUUGAGCCGAAAGAAAUCCCCCAACCGCCAAGCCAAUCCUGAAAUUUCCCCUCGGGGCCUCAGCUCAACACAUUCACUGGUGCUUGAUUCAUCCAAUCCCCGCGUCGCCGCUUAUUUAUCCGUCCACCAUCCAAACAAUUGGUGCACCUAUCAAUCAAGCUCCCACAACCUUAUCAACUUCCGACCAAUCAAACCCCGAAAUUCUAUAAACAAGCUACUCCAUUCAUCGCGGUCGUCGCGCAAACCAAAGCUUCUCAAUUAAAGAGGCAUUCAAUGUCACUUUGAUCCUCUCCAAAAUCAUUCAAGUCAGCCCAUCUGCAGCUAGCCUGCCGUCGCUCAUCGUCACCUAGCAUCCGAGGAUCGAAUCUUGCGUCUCGAAGACGAAGACGAGUCGCCCGUACCCACAACAUUUGACUAACCUUUCUAUCUCUUCAUAUGCUGCGCGCCAAUUAGUCUCGACCGUAGCAAGAUACCCAGAGGAAAUAUUUAAAGAGCUCAGAAGCGCGACCUUUCGAGAUCUUUGCCCACGUACAACCUCAAUACGAAUCGGGAGAAGCAAGCAUAAAAACAAAUAUGGAUCCUCCACCACCCGGCUCGUCCCAUGGACAGCAGCAGCAGCCAUCCGCUUCACAACAACGUCCGGCGCAGACGCAACAGCCUGUUUAUGAUACAAGUCAAGGAGGUCAUUAUGGUGCCAGUGCCUUGCUAUCUCAACAAGGUUUUGCGCCCGUUCCAGAAUUCUACACAGGAGCUUGGGCAAAUGUAAACCAAGGUCUGCAUGGACAAUACAAGGACAUUCUCACAACCUAUUGGCAACAAAUCAUCAAUCAUCUUGAGGGUGACACCCAUGACUACAAGCUCCAUCAACUACCCCUCGCACGCAUAAAAAAAGUCAUGAAGGCCGAUCCCGAAGUAAAGAUGAUUUCUGCCGAAGCUCCAAUCCUAUUCGCCAAGGGGUGUGAUAUCUUUAUCACGGAACUUACUAUGAGAGCAUGGAUUCAUGCCGAAGAAAACAAGCGUCGCACCUUGCAAAGAUCGGAUAUUGCUUCUGCAUUGGCCAAGUCGGACAUGUUUGAUUUCUUGAUUGAUAUUGUUCCACGUGAAGAAGCCGCAGCUCACGCAAAGAGACCUUCUGGUUCAGGACAAGCUGCACCACAAAUCCCCGGCGCUGCUCCUGGUUCAGCACAGCUUCCUCCCCAACAAUCCAAUAUUCCACAACAGCCUGGUCACCCAUCUCACCCACAAUCCAUGCCUCAAGAUUAUUCUCUCGGCGGUCAUGGCAUUGCUCCAGAACAAGACCCAUAUCGUCAUCAACCAAACAUGUAUCAGCCACAAGUUCCUCCCGGUCAGCCUGGCCAGUAUGGCGCACAACAGCCAAUGUAUGGUGAGAUGAAUGAGAUAUAUGGAUAUCCAGCCAUGCCUCCGCCUCAACAACCUUAGCAAAUGUACCAAGUCCCACAUCAACCCCGUCAAGAUCCAGUUAAUACCGACGCUACGCAUCAUUACCCACGCCAGGAAGGUGGUGACGGCGACGCUGAUGCUGAGGGCGAGCGUGAUUACGAGGUAGGAUAAGAUGAUGGGGGUCCAUACGUUAGUCGUUGUUAUUGAUUGGCGGUCAAGUGUGAUGGGACGGCGUUCGGAGGAGAUAUGAUAUGAUCUUUCAGGUAGUCUAGCUUUGUGUUUUUUUUGGCAGCAAGAACAGGCGCAGGAUAUGUGAAUGUGAAUUCCAUACAAUUUUCCCCCAGAUACCUAGUAUGGUUUUGAAUUUGGUGUUGAUGUAUGGUUUUCAGAUGAAUAUCUUAGUGACA